AUGGAGGCAUCUCAAGAUAAAUAUUAAAGUUCUGCAAUUAAACAGUAAUCUGUAAUUCAAGAUGACCAUACAGCUGCUGGUGAAACUUCUUAGCUAUAUGAGGAACUAAAGGUUAGUAAAUCAAUGAAACUAAUUUCUGAAUAGAUGAUAGCUGGGAGUGCAGAUUAUAUUGGGUCUAUAUCAGUAGUGGAAACUAUGUUCAACCGCAUUAAUAAUGUUAUUGAUCUGAGAUAUGUCCAUAAUCUUAUUGAAUUAACUCUUAUUGGUACAUUGACUACAAGCUUAUAAGGGAUUGAGACUCAGGGACACUCCCUAGAAAUACUAAAUGUAACCAAUUGUAAUCUGACUAGGAUUGAGAGUUACUUCUUAAAGCUUGAAAAAGCAUUUUUGUUCAGCAAUUAGAUUAGGAAAAUAGAGGGACUUGACAACAAUUUGGCUUUAAAAGAAUUGCAUCUUCAGGAUAAUCAAAUUAAAAAAGUCGAUAAUGUUUCAAGACUGGUUUCCCUUUAAACACUUCUCCUUUCUUAAAAUCCGAUCGAAAGUUUAGAUUAGUUAAGCGAGAUUUCAAAGCUUCCUAAUCUUAGAUAGCUCAGUUUCAAAUGUGAGCAUUUUGAUCCAUGUCCUGUAUCAGAGCUCAGUGGGUAUAAAAACUAUGUACUGAGUACUGUACUUCAGAAGGAUAAGCUAUAGAAAUUAGAUUGUGAUAAAGUAGAUUAAGGAGAUUUCCAAGCAGCUUAGAGUGAAUUUAUGGAAUAGAUACUCAAAUUGCAAGAAAAUUUAUAAGAAAUAGAAAAUGAGCAUAGACAUUAGUUAUAUAUGAUAGAUUCAAAAGAAAAAGAGAAUGAGGAUCAUCUUAGAAAAAUGUAAAAGGAAAUACUGAUUGAACUUGAUAAUCUUAAGAUAGAGGUCAAUGAAGGUAGGAGUAAAAUUAUGGAGGAGAUUGAUCGGUAUAAGAUAAUAAGAGAAGAAGCAUUUGAAUAAUUAAAAACUGACUUUGAAAGUCUAAGAGAUUAACUUGACAAAAAGGUUUAAAAGAUUGUUAAGCAUUAAGAGUCUCAACAAAAUUUUCAUUAAGUUAGAUGCUAAUAAGAAAUAGAAGCACUAGAAUAUGAGAAGCAAAUCAAUCUCGGAUUAAUAGAUAUCUUAUAUGAAUCAUAAGGACAAGUCAUAUUCAACGAACUAUCAAAGGAAUCUCUAGAUUUUAAGUUAUUCAAAGAUAUAGCAGAGUAAAACAGCUCUUAAGAAACAAUGGUUAUUGGCAGUUAGCCCUAUCUAACAUAUCUAAAUCAAUUAGAAAAGGAGUAAAAUUAAGUGUAAACUAUACCUACAAGUCAACAGUAACAGAAAAGAAAAAAUUCUGCUACUAAUAAGGGUAAUCAAAAGCAAAUUGAUCUAUAACAGUUGUAGAAGUAAUAUGAGUCUAUUAUAGAUUUAAGGAAAGUAUUCUAAAUCAAUGAGUAAAAGAAAUCAGUACAUCGAUUUAGCAACAAUCAAAGAUACUUCAUAAAAGUUGAUGAUAGUUCACAGAUGAAGGAGUACCUGAAUGGAAUAUUAUCAGAAAAAUCUCUGAAGAUUCACAAACAAAUCAAUAAAUGCAUGGUGAAUUAAGACAAAGAGAACAUAUCAAGUGAAGGAGUAGUGAGUUUAAAUCAAGCUGUACUUAUCAUUAAACUGUAGACUGAUUUAUCCGCUAAGUUCCAAAAUGUAAACUUAUAAUGGAAUAUCAUAUUUUAACAAUAGGAAAUCAAUAUGAUCCAGCAUGUUGAAAGUACAAGAGAUGCUAGUUUAUUUAUGAUUGAGGCUGUAGUAGUUCUGAAUUGUUUGUACGCUCGAGCUAACUUUGAUUAAAUCAUAAAGCAAUCAAAGUCGAUAGAUAAUUUCUUAAUUGAUUUACUAACUAAUUAUUCAAACAAAAUGGUAAAUUUUUUAUUUUUUCUUUAAUAGAUUUAGGAUAUGAAACUUAAUCUGUUUGAAAAGCAAGCUCAUUAAAAAUAUAUCGAAAUGGAAAAGAGAAUUUGGGGUGAGAUGGAUGGGUAGUAGAUACUACUCUACUAAAACUAAUCUUAAGAGAUUACCAAACUAAGGGAUGAAGCACAUCAGCUAUAACAAAUGAUAGAUAAAGAAAGAAAUAGCCAAGAAGCUGUUAUGAAGGAAUUGAGAAUGAAUAUAUGA